GAACAACCUGAAAUGACAGACAUGGAUACAUUAGUGGAUGUGUCAGAGACAAGUAUACCUCCAAAUCAGUGGUCUCCUACAGAGAAGAAGGAUUCAAUUGGACUUCCUGCUCCUAUUGAACAUCAGCAAGAAAAGAGGCCUGACACGGCUUUAGUGAAGUUUUCCAGAAAAGUCUUGCUAGAAAAACUGCAUUCAAAAUAUUCCCAGAAACCCUGGAAUGAAACUAUUAAGCUUGUCCGCUACUGUAUGGAAAAACCUUGUGGAAAUGCUCUAAAGAGCGCUACAGAUCAUCCAGUUUUAAGAUGCGGAAACAUGCUACAAGAAGCUGUAAAAGCAAAAUCCCUUUCCACCUUACUGACCCGUAUAGAAGCCAUAUCAAAGCAAAAGGGGUUGGAGUCUCACCUUGGUCCUACUGGAAGAAUUUGCUAUAUCACAUCAGAGAUGUUCUAUAUAGAAGUUCAAGUGAAGAGAAAUGGACAUGUGGGAUAUGUCAAGCUGGCUCACCAUGGUGAAUCUCCUACUGUCUGCGAAGAACUUCUGUUGCUGCUCCGAUCAAAAGAUUUUGAAGGCUUUGGGAGAAGUUUGGAAGGGCUUUUACAUCUGUACAAUAUUCCUGGUAACAGUGAAAUCAAAGCUAAAGUCUAUCUUGCUCUAUGCAGCUUAGAAGCAGAUCUGAACGCUGUAUAUAAUCUGAGCAGACCUACAAGUGAUGAGGAUAGGGUGGCAGCAAUCCUGCAUGGAAAAAUUGGUCAUCUAUCCCCCCGAUGUGGAGGAACCCCAAUGAAUAUUGAAUACUAUAUUUCACCAGAUCAAGUUUUGGAAGAAAAACUUAAACCAGGCACUCGUGUGAUUGGAACAAACACAUCCGUGACAGUUGUGGGGACAAAGAACUGGUAUAAUCUCCCAGUCACUGCAUCACUCAAAGAGGAUUCACAAGAAAGUGGCAGCAUCCAUGAACUGUCAACAUUCACAGAAGAGUCCACCAUGGCAUUGCCUGCCUGUUUCUUCUUAACAUUUGCAAACCCAGAGCCAAUAUUGUUGUCCUUAAUCCAGAAGAUUCAAAAUAUUACUGGCAUUCCAGUUUUUUCAACAGAACAGGCACCACUGCACAAAUUGUUUAUUGACCUAAAACUUAAACAGCCAGAAGUCCACAGAGAAAUCCAGUUUGUUGUGUCUCUUCCAGGUUGUAUGGACCAUUGUUAUGUACUAAACGGUAGCGAGAAUGAAAGUGCUGUGAUGGGUGCACUGGUGACCAAAAUACCUUUCACACACCCAAGUCAUGUUCCAUCUGUCCUGGAUGUUUUACGAUGUCAAGCAGCGUACAGUACUUUACUCAACAGCUGUUUAUCUCGUACAAUAAACCCUAAAGAUCACAAAGGCAUGCUUCACUUCGAGGUCUUCCUGCAAAAAGACUUGAACAUUUGUAUUUCAUUUCAGAAUCCCAGUGGUGGAAGUCUUUCAUGUGUUGUGGUCGACGUCUUGAGCUCAAGGAAAUUAAUGAGCACCCUGUAUACCAGCUCCUCUGAUCCUCCCCUACUUUGCAACAGUGAAUUUAUUGUAAAGAUUCUGGAAUGUUGUAUGUCAAUUCCCAUCACUAUGAGAACCAUCUUCAAGAAGGCGUACAAAGAGGAAGUUGCUGAACCAAUGGAAGCUUCAUGCUCAAAAGAUGAUGAAGGUGUAUCCUCCUCAAAUUUAGUUGAAAUUCAUUCUGAAGCUUUAAGUGAUCCUGUGGGCAACAAAGAAAUAGAAAAGCGAUCCACUCAUGGAAAAAAUGUUGUUCUUUGCUCAGACUAUGACCUCAAUGAGGAGCUUUUCCCUGAAACCAAUGGUGCCAUUAAUUCUGUUGAUUCACAGGAGUCUAGCCCAUGUCCUGCUCAAGAGACAAAUUCUAGCUUUACUGAAGAUGCCUAUUAUAACAUUGCAGAAGUCAGUUCUAUUGGUGUAGAAGAGCCAAAUUCUAGCCUUGCUGAAGAGUCCUGCUCAAGUCUUACAGAGGAUCGGAACUCUAUUACUGUACAGGAACUCAGUCCUAUCAUGGCAGAAGUCCCCAGUCCUAAUAUGGCUGAGGUUUCAAGCUCUAGUAUCACAGGAGAGCUAAGCUCGAGCAUAGCAGAAGAACUCAGCAUGAGUGUAUCAGGUUAUGCUAUACCUCGAUCUGUUCCUGAACAGGAAAUUGAUGAAAGCUACUGAGAAAAGUCUGUCUUGAUUGUUUUCUGUGGAUGUUCUAAAUACAAUAAUGCAUAAAAAAAAU